AUGUGCUCCCACCCGAGCUGCCCCUGGGUGCUCGGCUCCGACGAACACAAUCUUCGCACCCACAUCCCUGAAGCUCACGGAGAAACAAUGAACCUGCCUUGCUGCGGCAAAGUUAUGGGAAAGAACAACGACGGCGAUAUUCGGCGCCACGAAGAAGACUGCGCCUCCUCAGCAGGCCACGCAGAGCAGUCGCAGGCUAGCAGCUCCGCGCCCGCCACCAACAGCCCAAGCACCGCUGCUACGUCUCUGGCAGAGGCUGAAGACCACCAUGGCAGCGAGUCUUCCAGUGAGGCUGGGAGUGUGGACGACGGCGGCCCUCAGGGGUUGAUCCACAUCAAAAUCUCCAUCGAAUGCUGCGGUGCUCACCGCCGGAAGAGCGCUUCGGCUUAA